AUGUGUUUUUCCUUACUGUUUCUUUCUUUCUUUCUUUCUUUCUUUCUUUCUCUUUCUUUUCACUUCCAUUCUUUCUUUCUUUCUUUCUCCCAUUUCCUUUUUUAUCUAUCACUAUCAUUUUUUUUUCUUUUUCUUUCUUUAACUUUUUCUUUCAUUUCUUUCUUUUAUCAGUCAUUAUCAUGUGUUUUUCCUUACUGUUUCUGUCUUUCUUUCUUUUCUUUCUUUCUUUCUUUCUUUCUUUCUUUCUUUCUUUCUUUCUUUCUCUUUCUUUUCACUUCCAUUCUUUCUUUCUUUCUUUCUCCCAUUUCCUUUUUUAUCUAUCACUAUCAUUUUUUUUCUUUUUCUUUCUUUAACUUUUUCCUUCAUUUCUUUCUUUCUUUUAUCAGUCAUUAUCAUGUGUUUUUCCUUACUGUUUCUUUCUUUCUUUCUUUUCUUUCUUUCUUUCUUUCUUCAUAUUUCAUUUAUUCCUAUCUUCUUUCUUUCUUUCUUUUUUCUGGCAGGUUUCUUUCUGACAGAAAGAAAGUGCUGUCAGAAAGAAAUUUCUUUCUGGCUGCACUUUCUUUCUUUCUGACAGCUCUUUCUUUCUUUCUGACAUCUUUCUUUCUGACAGCUUUUCUUUCUUUCUUUCUUUCUUUCUUUCUUUCUUUCUUUCUUUCUUUCUUUCUUUCUUAUAGCUCUUUCUUUCUUUCUCUCAGCUCUUUCUUUCUUUUUUCUUGCUUUCGUUCUGACAGCUCUUUCUUUCUUUCUUUCUUUCUUUUUCUUUCUUUCUUUCUUACAGUUCGUUCUUUCUUUCUUUCUUAUAGCUCUUUCUUUCUUUCUUUUUCCUUAUUUCUGACAACUCUUUCUUUCUUUCUUUCUUUCUUUCUUUCUUUCUUUCUUACACUCCUUUCUUACAGCUCUUUCUUUCUUUCUUUCUUUCUUUCUUUCUUUCUUUCUUUCUUACAACUCUUUCUUUUAUACGAGCCCCCAAAUCAUUUUCCUCGGUAUGAACAUUUUCCUUCCUUCCUUUCUUUCUAUUACAUCCAUCAUUAUUCAUGUUGCCCCACCCUAACUAUUCUUUUUUAA